AGUGGUGGCGUGGAGCGUGAUGGGGUAGAAGACGACACUGAGUGGGUCAGUUGGUCUGUUUGUCGACCGAACCAGCGUGGCGGAGGUGGGACCCACAUAGUGGGCGGGUACGGGCUGCAUGUUCGCGCCUCACAUGCGUACCUCCUCCACCACAUUUCCCACUACUUCACUGCCAUGCACCCC